AUGACGUCGAAAGCGUCGACCCCCGAUUCGGAGAUAAGUGCCCCGGAAGAUAACUGUUAUCGCCUGGUCGUGCUCGGGUCACCUAAGGUCGGGAAGACGGCGAUCGUCAGUCGCUUCCUGACGGGAAAAUUCGACGACGGUUAUACGCCCACCAUUGAGGACUUUCACAGAAAGAUCUACAAGAUCAAAGGCCAGGUCUACCAGCUCGAUAUCCUUGAUACGUCAGGCAACAAUCCAUUUCCCGCCAUUCACAAGCUAUCGAUACUCACAGGUGAGCUUGUCGUCUGCUUUCCUCUUGAUAAACAUGCCUUCACGAUUUUCUGUGAAAGCGUCGACCCUUGCAUCAAAGCGGGAAAACACUAA